AUGGGUCCGAAUACAUUUAAUUCAUCAACAAUUUCUACGGAUAUUUUUGAGACAAAUAUAACUUAUUCAAAUGAAAUUGAUUCAAGUUCAAAUGAUAGGAAUGCAUCUGAUUGGACUGAACCUAUUACUGCAACAUCCGCUUCAACUGUAAUCGUUACUACAACAUCCACUUCAACUGUAACUGUUACUACAACAUCCAUUUCAACUGUAACUGUUACUACAACAUCCAUUUCAACUGUAACUGUUACUACAACAUCCACUUCAACUGUAACUACUACAACGAGUGUAACUAAAACUGGUACAACCACGUCGGAUUCGACUACGAGUAGCACAGUGAGCUCCGAAAUACCAACCGAAACGAAUGUAACAUCAAUGUCUCUCCAAAACACAACCGAACCUAUACCUCCUUCAGAAAAGCCGAAUUUAGGUCUUAUUCUUGGUCUUUCACUUGGUCUUGGAUUACCAUUGCUCAUUGGUAUAAUCGUCGCUAUUAUUUGCUUUCGUGACAAACUAAUGUCAAUCUGGGGUACGCUGCUGAGAUUUUUUCAAUAA